AUGAGCCCACACCACUGGUGGUUGGUACCCAGCUGGCGCAGUGGUGGUGGCUGUUAUGUUGACGGCGAACAAAGACGGCAGGUAGAUACCAAUUAUCAACACGGUGGAGGGUGGGGACCGCGGUUAGAGGUGGGACCCCUUGAGGAUAUUGAAACGGAAGGCCCACAAAGCCCUCUUCUCUCUCAAGAAGCUCUCUGUUUUUCGCCUCUGUUUCUUCACCAACGCCUUAAGAAAGAAAAGAAGAUGACGAACCAAAAUGUGAUGGUUUCAGAUACGGCCAUAACGGUGGCGGUCUCCAACUCCUCCCUCUUCCCGCCGGUGGCCCAAAAGCCUCCGGCGGUGCCGGGAAAUUAUAUUACCAUUUCAAAGAAAAAGCUUCAGAAUCUUGAUAUCAAUUGCGGUGCCAGAAUCAACUCUUGGGUUGAUUCAAUGAGAGCUUCUUCACCCACUCAUAUGAAGUCCUCAGCUCUUUCUGACGAUUUAAACUCUUGGAUUGUGCACCAUCCAUCAGCUCUGGACAUGUUCGAGGAAAUAACAAAUGCAUCAAAAGGAAAGCAAAUCGUUAUGUUCUUAGAUUAUGAUGGCACAUUAUCCCCUAUAGUGGAUGACCCUGAUAGAGCCUUCAUGUCCGAUGCGAUGAGAGCAACAGUGAGAAAACUAGCUAGAUAUUUUCCUACUGCUAUAGUGAGUGGGAGAUGCAGAGACAAGGUGUAUAGUUUUGUACGCUUGGCAGAGUUAUACUACGCCGGAAGCCAUGGCAUGGACAUAAAAGGCCCAUCAAAAGGUUCCAAAUACAUGAAAGAUGCACAAUCUCUUCUUUGCCAACCAGCCAGUGAAUUCCUUCCCAUGGUUGAUGAGGUUUACAAAACACUGUUGGAGGUAACGAAAUCGACUCCAGGUGCAAAGGUGGAGAACAACAAAUUCUGCGUCUCAGUGCAUUUUCGCUGUGUUGAUGAAAAGAAAUGGACUGAACUAGCACAGCAAGUUAAAACAGUUUUAAAGGAGUAUCCAAAGCUUCGAUUAACCCAAGGAAGAAAGGUCUUAGAAAUUCGUCCUACUAUUAAAUGGGACAAAGGCAAAGCCCUUGAAUUUCUAUUAGAAUCACUUGGAUAUGCAAAUUGUGCCGAUGUAUUUCCUGUUUACAUUGGAGAUGAUCGCACCGAUGAAGAUGCCUUUAAGGUUCUAAGAAAAAGAGGUCAAGGGUUUGGGAUUCUUGUUUCAAAGAUACCAAAAGAGACCAAUGCAUCUUAUUCUUUGCAGGAACCUUCUGAGGUGAUGGCAUUCCUGCGUCGACUAGUGGACUCGAAGAAACUGUCUCUAAGACGACAUUUUAGAAUGAGAAGGAGACGACUUGAAGAGAUAAAAAUGUCUCUACCAAACUGA